GGACUCAGUAUAUAAGUACUCACGCAUAACUUCUUCUCUGCAAGUUUUUAGCAACCCAACACUUCUUGGCCUUUUUCUUAUAUUAGGAGUCAGUUGUAGAAACAGAGAGAUCGAAAUCCAUUCCCUAUCAUGCCUAGAGCACCACCAAGAGAUCCUCUAAUAGUCGGCCGAGUUAUCGGCGACGUCUUGGAUCCCUUCAGUAGGACUGUUAAUCUCAGGGUAAGCUAUAACAAUAGAGAUGUUAAUAAUGGAUGUGAAUUCAGGCCCUCUCAGGUUGUUAAUCAACCAAGAGUUGAGAUUGGAGGUGAUGACCUUAGGACUUUCUACACCUUGGUUAUGGUGGACCCUGAUGCUCCUAGCCCAAGUAAUCCAAACCUGAGGGAGUACUUGCACUGGUUGGUGACUGAUAUUCCUGGGUCCACAGGUGCAUCCUUUGGCCAAGAGAGAGUUUGCUAUGAGAACCCAAGACCAGCAGUGGGAAUACAUCGAUUCAUCUUUGUGUUGUUUCGACAACUCGGAAGGCAAACUGUGUAUCCUCCUGGGUGGCGCCAAAACUUCAACACUAGAGACUUUGCUGAAGUCUACAACCUCGGCUUGCCCGUUGCUUUCGUCUAUUUCAAUUGCCAGAGGGAGGGAGGCUCUGGUAGAAGAAGGUUGUAAAUCCACACCCCCUUUAGUGUGAACAGAUCACUGGACAUGAUCUACUGCACUUUUUAACAUUCUGCCUACGAGUAUUGAUAAUAAGGAGUAAAAUUUGUCAACAAUUGCAGCACCUUUCUAAAAUAUAAGUACCUUAUACAAACAACCUUCUUUUUAAGACAUUUUUGUUAGAACAAUAAACUAAUACUAAUAACUAAUAUUUAAACCCUUGAUCAUCAUACGGUGGUUAGUUAAAUAUUAAAAUUAGUUAUUAUCUCCGUAUUUCUCUAAAAGAAAUGUCUUUAUAAAGAUAGGUAUUUACAUAAGUUUACAAGGUAUUUAAUUCAAAAAUUAAUCUGUUACGGAAUAGUUAAUGUGUACUAGUUUUUUCUUUUUCUGUUUUUUUCCUUUCUUUUUCGUCUAGAGGUGUGCCCCUCUCCCCUGUCUUUUUUUUUUUUUUUUUUUUUAUAAAAUGUAUUGUAAAAUUUCAGGGGUGCAUCAAUAAUGUAAUGUUUUCUUUGGUCUUCUC